AUGAGGCUUUCACCAGUAUGGGAGAAUCCACCCGACAUCUCGACAUCAGAAAUACCUCAACAGAACCAACAAGCACGCCCUCAUUCAGAAUCGAGCCCACUUUCCGUAUCCAGCGAACGUCGUCAUAGCAGAAGACGACUCUCAAGACGUGGCACAUAUCCAGAGCAACCUGAGAGCCAAGGGACCAAUCGUAGAGUCCGAGCUCGCGAGCUUGUGCUUACCAUGAACGGCAUACCAGAUCCUCCAUAUCCAGUCACGCCCCCACCGCUCGAGCGACCUCAGCCUCUAUUGCCUCCGCUUGGCUACAGAGCACCAACACCUCUACCGGUCCCAACACCCUCAAGUGUACCAAUCCCAGCUCAGAGACCAGAUAACAAGCCAUCUCGUUUGCUGCAACGUCAAAGACAGUGUGCACGCCAGCUCGAUGCUUCGUUACCAACACUCAGCCUUUCAGCUCUGGCUUCAGGCUCGAUACUGCUGGUUUCUGCUAUCCUAUUUGUCCGAAGUGUGAUGGUUGGCACACCUCACGCCGUCGUUGGAAGGUCAGCGUUGAUAGUCUUCUUCGCACUCUCAGUCGCAGCUUUCAUCAUCUCCUUUGGCUUGAUCUUGGGAGUUCUGUGUCGAAGAGCCCGAGCUACCAAAAGUGCUGUUGCCAGAGCUCAAGCAAGACAGGAGAUUGAGCUGAUGGAAAUGAGAUCGCGUGCGAGCGAGGGUAGACUACCCAUGUACGACAUGAGGAGAAGAAACGCAAUCUGUGAGCUUCGGGAUGAGCCAGGAGUUGUGGUUGGUGCAACACAUCAUCGUCCGAUCCAAGAUCAAGGUAGAGUCAUCAAUCGUCGGAAUGCACCACCUGUUCGAGUGGCUUCAAGUCAUCUGAUCGACGUGCCGUUCUCUCGACCUUCGACACCGCACCCAAGGCCACCUUUGUCGCCACUCCUCCCGCCAGUGCCGAGCACACCCCCACCACCAAUACCGGCACGCAAUCCUGCCCGUUUGCUCGCGGCAGUAAAGAAGGUCAGAGAUUAUGCCGAUGCAGAUGCUUUGAGCACGAUCGUACAGCCUAGUCCAGAGUCAGGUGUAUCGCCACGGACUGUACCAACAAAGGAUGUCCUACAGACCGAUAACAAUGGUACCGUUUCUGGCCGUUCGACUCAGCUGUUCAAUCAGCACAUGCUCACAGCAGGUACUCGCGAAUUGCAGGCCUACCUCGACGCGCCUUCGAACUCUAGCUUGAACACUCUUGCAGCAUAUCAGCAUAGCGAGAGUGACUCGUCUUCAACUCAUGCCAUCAUGAGUAAUGACCGCAGUGUAUACAGCGGUGAUAAUGACUUGAUUGACAACGAAGAGGAGAGCCAUGUUGGUGAAGCAACCAUGCUGAGUAUGCGGAAGGUAGGCAAGGCGCGCGAGUGUUACAUCCCUACCGCCAAGAGCGACGUGUCUGCACCUAAGUCUCCCAAGUCGAGUAAGCAGCGACGCUCGAAUCUCAAGGUGUUUGCGGAUUCCUCAGAGCUUGAGGGGGAAAAGUCCGAGGUACGAAAGCAUCGAAGCAUGGUUGAAUCAAUGCCAAGUGCACCCCUUCUGCUUACUGAACAGAAGAACAAGAACCAUCAGCUUGCUGUCAGACGACCGCACAGUCUGAGUCCGAAGAAAUUGAUGAGUUCUGUUGCCAAGCCAAAGACAGUUGGACUGGGGAUCUCCAUUGUCAGAGAGCACAAUAAGGAGAACUUAGAUCCGGAUCAAGCCGAGAUUGAAACGUGGAGUGCUCUGGGCGACCUCUGA